AGCUAUGCGCCUGCGCACCAUACAGAGCAACACACAGGCAGGCCACAGAGAAACCGAGGGAUCGUUUGUGAGGACGCAUUUUUAGGACGAAAAGAGAUAAAUCACCCUAAACAGACUCGUAGGAAUCAUGGGGAGUGUGUUCCUGCCGGCGGACGCGGCCCACUCGGUGCUGCACCGGCUGCGCAGGGCCAACUUCUUGCUGGAGGAGAUGAAGCAGGGUAACAUCCAGAGGGAGUGCCGCGAGGAGAUCUGCACCUAUGAGGAGGCCCGUGAGGCUUUCGAGAACGACGAGAAGACGAGACGGUUCUGGGAGGAGUAUGUGCGGGAGAGCAGUCCAUCUGGAGGGCUGGAGACAGUGGUUGGAGGAAUCCACUCUCUCUACUUGAUCGUGCCAUUGCUGCUGGUUGUGCUCAUCAUUGUCGCCGUCGCCAUUACUGUGUGGCGCUGCCACUCCCGCAAGCGCUCGCAGCGCAGCCCCAGCCUGGGACACUCGCAUAACGACCACGUCCUGUCAGUGGUCUCUAUGGACCAUUGGGGGAGGGACUCAGAACUCAGUGUCCACAGCAGCCCAGCUUAUCCAGGCUCAGAGCUCACAUCAGGAAGAGGAAGUGGUGGAGACCCGCCGCCAUCUUAUGAAGAGGCUGUGGGCCAUGCAGAUGUCCAAAUAGAGACGGAGCCACCUCCACAGUAUGAGGAUAUAGUCAACACUAGCUCUACUAGUGGUACUAGCGGUGGCCAUGGGAAGUAAACCUGUCUCUCACUACUACCCCAACAAAAGCCCUAACCUACACUAAGACCAUCUGAUCAUUUAGCAGUCUCACUGUUGUGGUAUCACCAGCCUUCCCCAUUCAACACAUUCAGAAAGACUAUUAACUGUCUGGUCAGUGGACUAAUGCAAUCUUUGCCUGAGCCAGCACUGUUGAAAUUUGCACUAACCUUUUCAUCAUUGAGGUGAAGUAUUAGCAGGAAGGAUAUUGCAAUACCAAAACCAACCAACCUCUGCUGAUUUUCCUCAAGUUGCAUCUAUGCUGUCACACUGUAGCAAAUCAUUUAACUCAGCGGGCAUAACAAAUGUUGCAUAUGGAGUAAAGAAAAGGGUUCCGAUUGCCAUAAUGGACGACAACUAUUCCAAAAGUGUAUAUGGGAGCUGGAUCGAUGCUUCAUUGUAGUUUAGUGCCAAUUUUGUUAGGCUUAAGUGGCCAAUAGCAGAUAUUUUGCAAUAAUUUUUAAUACCUUUUAAAUUUGACCUCUUUGUCAAAAAAUAAGAAUUAUCUGUAUUGCAUACUUUUGCAAAAGUUUGCUUUGCAAAACUCGGAAACGGCAUUUAGACCACAAAACAACAAUUCUAGUGAAACCCAGACAAAUUAAAAAUUGCGUUAAGAAAUCAAUGUCUAACCUUGAGAUGGGGGGAUGAUUUGAGAUGAUACCGAAUAUCGUUUCACUCCUGUGAGGAGCACCGUUUUUAAUACAGUGUAACUGAGAUUGUGUCAAUACAAGAAUACUACUCGACUGGUGACUGUCUGCAGCUUUAAAAAGUGAAGCGGCUAAACUAUAUUACUAUGCUACGACGAGAGGAGAAUAACUGAUAAAUGUGGCAAUGUCAUAAUGUCACAAUCGAUAGUAUGAUAACAUUUCCAUCAUAAUAAUUUCCACCAAGUAAUAAUGUUAUAAAAGUAAUAGACUAAUUUACUGAUUAUCAUUCUCCAAUUACAUCACAUUGCGAUUCAUAUAAAACUAUUAAAAUCAGAGAGGUGUUAAGUACUGAUUUGGCUCGUCUUGAAGGGCUGCUGUAAGUUUUACAAGCUACCAGAUGUCACUGUGUUUGAAGCCCUGAAGCGUCAAAUGUUUUUCAGCACAAAUAGAAAGAAAGCCCCAAAGCUUCAUAAGGCUUUCUCGGCCCAUUCCUAGUCUAACCUGUAAGCAAACAAUUAUGUUAACUUGUUAGCUCUGUUUGGUCGACCGACUCCUGAGGGAAAUAUCUAGGUCUUUAGUUUGCUAAAUACAAAAAAUGUCUUCGCCAGACAUUCAUUUGUUGUUGUGAUUUGCAUGUCUGGGCUUGUUAACUGUAAAUGAUCUCUGAAAAUGAUCACUUAUUGCAGGUUUAAAUAGUCAAGUUGCCAAACGAAUGCAUCGGUCCAGCUUGUGAAUGUUUUUGGUAUUAAAAAUUCAAGAUAAGACCAUCAGUUAUAAAGGGGGAGUGCUGAAAUGUGUUUCGUGUAUGUGUGCCAUAUGUGCUUAUAUUUUGGUAAUGCAUGCAGUUUGGUCUGUACACUUGAGGUUGGAUCUGGCUAUGCACUUUUUGUUGAGGGUCAGUGCUUGCUUGCCCAUGUCCUUUUCUGGGCUGUUGACAGUUGCUCAGAGCCUGCUUUAACUGUGAAAACCUUCCCCUACUUUUUCCCCUAGAGCAAAUCUAACCGUGUUGGAUAUGACUACAGAGUCUUCUGCUGCGCCACUUUCCCCAAAAGCACACAUUUGAGUGUUCUUCAAAUAGGUUUGCAGCUACACCAUAAAUGUAAGUUGUAGAGUGACUUGCACAGGAAUGUGGGACAGAAAGCAAUAGAAACAGAAGCUUUGGGAAAAGAGGUAUCAGAAGGGAGGUUCUGUAUUUAACGACACUAGGGACAGAGUUAACGUUUAGCAUGUGUAAAUGUACCUGAAUAUAAAUAUGUAUAGUCUGUACGUGUGAAAAUAAGUUACAUAUAUAUUGUUUUUUACUGCAUAGGAAUGCAGUGAAUACAUUGACACUAGUGUAACUAUUAUACAGUAUGCCGUGGAUAAAUGAAGGCCUUUUGUGCAUAAGCUCAAA